UUACGUAUGGAAUCUGAUAUUAUUUUACAAUAAAAUUAAUUUAAUAGGAGAGAAAUGAAAUUAAGCGAAGAAGAAGAAGAAGAAGAAGAAUUUUCAUUCUUAAUAGGGCAAUUAAGAAAAGUACAAUAAUUGGGCAGACGGAAGGGAAGGAUGAAGGAGAAGGAGAAGGAGAAGGAACCAGACUGCAAGGGCUGCGGCGGAGGGGGGAAGGCGGUGAUCCUAAUGAUAUGCGGUAGUUUGGUGUACUACCAUUGCGCCUUCAGGAAUUCGAGCAUCGUCUCUCUGAUCUCCGACGUGUUCAUCGUCCUACUUUGCUCUCUGGCCAUCCUCGGCCUCCUAUUCCGGCACAUCAACAUCCAGGUCCCCGUCGAUCCCCUCGAAUGGCAGAUCUCUCAGGAUACAGCCACAGCCUUCUUUGCAUGCUUGGCUAAUACCAUUGGCGCUGCCGAGUCAGUUCUUAGGGUUGCUGCCACCGGACACGACAAGCGCUUGUUUCUCAAGGUCGUUGUCUGUCUCUACUUGCUUUCCACUUUGGGAAGAUUGGUGUCCGGGGUUUCCAUUGCUUACACUGGAUUGUGCUUGUUUUGUCUCUACAUGCUUGCAGAGAAUUCACAGUUGAUUACGUCCUGUAUGUCACGAUUUCUGCGGAGAGAAACGACAGUGCCGGUCGAGGAUAACGGAUUACCUGCUGAGGUUGGCAGCUCAACUGGAUUGCAAAUUUAGUAAUAUCCACUUCUUCUUUCUUUUCCAUGGCUGUUACAGUAGUAGUGUGUAUGUAAAUCCCCAUUUGCACUUGAUUAUCAAAUCACCACAAUUUAGGUUGAUCACGUUUUCUAAAUGAAGCAAGUAUCACAGCGGAUCUUGAAUUGCGGUGAAGUUGAGAUAAAUGCUGCCCUCUAGCAAUUAUACCCACAACUUUAGCCUAUAUUUGUCAUUCUUCAUUCCUUGUCUUCCGGAAAUGCAUAAUUUCUGAUGAAGUGAGAGGAUAAAAUAAGGGCAAGUUUAUUGUAGAGAGAGAGAGAGAGAGAGAGAGACUUAGUGAGAUAAACCCUUUAAAUAUAAAUAGAAUGGAGAGUUGAUGUAGUAUGAAUCAAAUCUAGGGAUGUAAAUGAGGUUCUUAUUAACUUCAUUUAUAUGUUUAUUUUGAUAAAUUUUUAUACGAGUCUUGCAUUUAUAUCUUA